UCACCCUUUCGUUCUGCCUCUGUGGUCUGCAUUCUGCCAUACUUCCCUCGUACCCUCUUUCCCCGUUCACUGUACUUCUCUAGUUGCAGUCAUGUCGGAGACUGUCCUCUUCGAUGCUCAGUUCCAGGUCAAGGCGAUUGACCCUGAUGGAAAGAAGUUCGACCGAGUCUCACGAAUUGUAGCCUCCUCCACAACGCUGGAGAUGGACCUCUCGUUGGACGUAGCAACGGACAUCUAUCCCAUCUCCCCCUCGCAAUCCUUUUCCUUCCAGCUCGUAUCUACACUCCACCCCGCUGGGUCGGGCAAUGCGAAUGGUACAGAUGGAGCCGGUGCAGCUAGCAAAGAGGUCUGGCGGCAAGGGGCUGGAGGUAUUGCAGAAGAUUGGGACUAUGUUAUGUACGGAAAGAUCUACAAGUACGAUGAGGGCGCCUCGUCAGACUCCGUGACAGUGUACGGCUCGUUUGGCGGACUUCUCAUGGCUCUCACUGGCAGCUACAGGCAUUUCAGCAACGUCACCGUGGGAAGCAACGUCUACCUCCUUGUGAGGUAAUGGAAGCAAUGGAGAAAAGAAUGGGUCAUUCUGGAGGGUAAGGGGGCCAAGUGUGGCCACUGUAUAGUAUCGUAAUUCAAAGGCCUCCUCAGAUAGAGACUCUCAAACACGCUUAUCGCUCUUCGAAAUAACCAAAGACGUAGGCAGAGUAUCGUGGGUGAUUGAUGGUAGCAGGUCCGUGUGCGCUGUUCGUGUACUUCGACGGGUCUACGCAUAUGCCGCUGGAUCGGUAGGCCAGCCCGCAACAUACCCCCGCUGGGGACGAUUGCCACCUCUUUCUUCCCUUUCCGCCGCCUGUGAGUUGCCUACUUUGACCGCCACCUUAACCACAUCAUCUCCCUUGAUCAUGACCAUGCCCACAAACCUCGAGCUCUCCGACCCUCCGUCCUC